AUGGCCGUUAGAAGUGAAUUGGGGUCUGCUUGGCUAAGGGCCAUUUCCAGUACAACUUGCGGCACAAGGCUUGACAAUGGUUCUGUUAGAGUGAAUUUAUGCUUGAGACUUGGGUUGCCGGUGGUGUCAGGUUACAAAUGCUUGUGUGGGGCGGAUGUUUCUCAGUUGGGUCACCAUGGUUUAUCGUGUAUGCUUGGUUCAGGAAGACAAGCAAGACACUCUGCCAUGAAUAAUUAUAUACGCAGAUUGUUCCAAAAAGCAGAUAUACCUGCCAUUAAAGAACCAGCAGGCCUACUAUCUGAAAGUAAUUUCAGGCCAGACGGUUACACUCUGGUACCGUGUUCCCAAAGUUGCUGUUUAUCACGGGAUGUGACGUUCCUCACACAAUUUAAUGAUAAGAAGCGGGCUGACCAUGAUAGAAUUUUUAUUGGAAUUCAUCGAGCAUGGCCACCGUAA